AUCCAAAACUUAAGGAACUAAUUUGAACAGUUUCUCUAGUUUAUUAUCCUAACUCAAGUCAUACUCCUCUUCUUCACUUCUUUUCCGUUACUUUUACUAGUACUUGAAAAGCAAUUAGCAAAAUGAAAAGAGUGAAACACAACCUAUUUAGCAAUGGAGUAUAAAAUAGAAUAGUUUGAAUUUGAGUAUAUCCUAAACUUAAGGGACUCAUUUGAACAUAAACUCUAGUUAUUAUCCUAACCCCAAUCACACUCCUCUUGUUCAUUUGUUCCGCGCGCGAAGAGCAAUUAGCCAAGCGAUGAGUGUAAUGGGGAUUGGGCCAGCUAACUGGUUAAAGGGAAGUAGCACUCUCUUACUUUCUUGCCGCACCAAUUCAAUUCCUACUGCUAUUUUUUCACGCUCGAAGCUCAAUUAUUUCCCCCCAACAUUUUCAAUCCAACACUCCAAAUUACAAAACAUUACAACCCUUUUCACUAGUGUUAAUGGCCAUAAAAUUGGUCAUUGGUGCAAUCAGAGCACAAAAUCAUACUGUACGGCACCAUCAAAUGUGAGUAUAAAAGAAGAGCAGGAGGCUACUGUAGUUGAGGAGGAUGAGGAGACUAAGGUGAAGAAGAUUAAGGAUGCGGCGAAUAGUUUGGAUAUUAGGGUUGGGCGAAUAGUUAGAGCGUGGAGACAUGAGGAGGCUGAUUCACUUUAUGUUGAAGAGGUUGAUGUUGGUGAGGCUGAACCUAGAAUCAUCUGUAGUGGGCUGGUUAAGUAUGUGCCUCUUGACCAUCUUCAGGAAAGGAGUGUGAUUGUUCUUGCGAAUCUAAAGCCAAGGAAUAUGCGUGGUGUCAAGUCAAAUGGAAUGCUGAUGGCAGCAUCAGAUGCAUCUCAUGAAAACGUGGAACUUCUUGAGCCACCUGAAGGCGCAGUACCCGGGGAAAGGAUAUGGUUUGGUUCUGUUGAUGAAAAGGAUAAUCUACCUGAUGUGGCAACACCCAACCAGAUAGCAAAGAGAAAGAUUUGGGAGCUAGUACAACCACAUCUAAAAACAGAUGACGCAUGUGUUGCUGCACUAGGAACGCAUACAAUGCGAGCUUCAACCGGUGUAGUGGUCAGCCCAUCUCUAAAAGAUGCAGACAUAUCAUAAUUAUAUCCUAAAGUUCAUGUAGCUUUACAUAGCUUCCUGCAUAUAAUUCUAUCUACCAUUCAUUGUUAUAAUUUGCUCUUUAAAGGUUCAUGGCCUUCUUUAUUUACUUAUAAAAAUAUGGAAUUUUUCCUUUGAA